ACAAAGUUUGGCUCGCUCGUGUCAAGAAGAGUUAUGGUAAGCCUAACCCUCUUGUCACUUGUUUUUGUUUAUACAUAGUCCGAUGAAGACUUGGACCGAAUAAUUUAAAAUGACGUCUCAUGGAGGCGCCUUUUGCAUUAAAAGCGUCAAACAGCCCAAACUCGACGCGAACGUUCCGUGCGUAAAGGAUUUCGAUUUUGGUCAUUGCUUAGCGUCGGUUUAUCCCUUAUUGGACAUCGUUUUUAAGUACUUGACGUUUAUGGAUCUAAGAGCUUGUAGCGAGGUGAACCAGUCGUGGAAAGAAGUGGCAGAAAGGGUGCUGGCGAAACGAAGGACGGCGAGCUGGUUCACCUGCUACAGAGUCGGCUACAAGUCGCGCAAAGCGAACAUAAUGGCGCACAGUAGCAACUUAAACUUUAAUAACGUCGAAAUGGGCGUGAUAUUAUACGACUGUAACCGAAUAAAAUUGAAUAAAUACAUUUGUUUGCACGAUGCGUCGACGCUUAGUCGGAAAACCGUUCCAGAGUAUAUUGAAGAGGAACUGGUACCGAAUUCGGUCGAUUAUUGUUUGCUGGCGGUACCACGUGUAGUUUCUUACUUUAAUGUCGAACGGACCACCAAAGAUAUACAAGACCACGGGUCCGUGUUUGACGGGCUUUUCAUACCGAAAAUUCCAAACAUAAGAACGAUAAUGUUCCACUGCAAUCCAAGCAAGAAGAAGGAACUCGAAGAUACCGCUAGACUGUACAUCAGGCCAGAGGAGGAGGUCAAGUGCCUUUUGCUUUUCUGCAAAAAGCAGCUCCACGGCAGCCUUUACAAUAUUUUGGACUGUUUGGUACCCAAAGACAACCCCAACCGAGUAGCGCUGGGAGGGGGCGUAAUUCACGGAACGAAAACGUUCCAACGGCUGUGCGCCGAGAAGAAAAUCUACACGGUUAAGGAUACCGUGUGCGUAACAUUUCUUAAGGAGAGGGAUUGCGUUUCUGACAAUUUCAGGGCGUACUCUUGCGUCAUUAAGGGCAGCGACCUCACAAAAGCAGAGUUUGAUUCCGAGCUGGAAGAGUUUAAGCAAAACGUCAGCCUCAAAAAUCACAGCCUGGGAUUUAGGAUAUGCUGUUCGGCCAAGUACCAGGACGUCGAAGAGUUGCAGUCCUUCCCCCAGAUAUUCCCGGGUAUACCCCUGCUCGGCCUGGAAGCUUACGGCGAGAUAGGCUGGAACACUUUUCACAAGGAGGACACUUCUGGUCCGAAAAAGUCGAAAAGGUUGAGACACUCCCGUGAUUAUCCGCACGCGGAAAACUUUUGGUCGACGAUAUUCGUUCUCGUCACCUGGGACUGAAUGUUUUCGCCCCUUUUGGGUGCUUUCCCGUUGUGUUUUGUCUCUCUGGUGUACAUAUGUAAUUUUAAUUAUGCGUGGACUUAGACCCGCACGUCUGUAUUAUUUUAUUGAAA